AUGGCAUUGGAUUUGUUGUCAAUAAUCACUCUGCGGCCAUUCAAGUUAAGCGACGUGGACGAUUUCAUGUUAGUAACAGGCGAUGAUAGAGUAACGAACUUCACUAGAAGGAAAUCUUUUGUUUCAAGGGAACAAGCUUUAAAUCACAUCCAAAAUGUAUGCAUUCCUCACCCUUGGACACGUUCCAUAUGCAUUGACGAUAAAACUAUUGGAUUCAUAUCCAUUUCUCCAGCUGGAUCUGGUGACCAUGAUGAUGAUGACAGGUGUAGGGCUGAGAUAGGCUAUGCUGUAGCUGCAAACUACUGGGGUCAAGGGAUUUGCACCAAAGCUGUUAAGGUUGCUGUGUCACAAGUUUUCAAGGAUAUUCCUUGUUUGGUAAGGUUGCAAGCUUUUGUUGAUAUGGAGAAUCAAGCUUCACAGAGGGUUUUGGAAAAGGUAGGGUUCUUUAGGGAGGGUGUACUUAGAAAGUAUUCGUAUGUCAAAGGGAAAGUUAAGGAUAUAGCUAUUUUUAGCUUUUUGUUGGAGGAUACUGAUCAUUCUCCCUAGGAAUUAACCAUAGGUUUC